AUGUACAGGGAGAUGUUCCGCAGCAAACCGGGCGGCGAUCUGCUGCGGAGACUCCGGUCUAAAAGUUGCCGGGCUCUUGCGAACGCUCUCGAGAGCAUUGUGAGAAUGGGCAGUAUACCUCCCAAUCUUGUCCUUUACGGAACCAACUUCGGGUGGCUCUUCGGCUUCAACAUCGGGAUGGGGACCCGGGCCGAGAUCAUGUCUGUUGACAUCAGCGGCUCCUCCGGUUCUGUGUGCGACUGCAGUAACCAUAUAUUAACCGACCGGCUCAUGGCAUCCAUUCUACUUGGCAAAACAAAUUCAAUGACUCUGUGA